CCGACAGCACAGCACCGACACAAAUCUCCUCUCACGCACUCACACACACCGGCACCACUCUGCCACUCGCUCUCGCGGAGUGAAGGCACGGGAAAGAGGGGAAAGGGGAUCGGAUCGGCCGGAGAUGAGGAAGACGGCGGUGGGCUCCGCCUCCGCGGGUGCAGGCUGGCCGUGCGGUCUGAACCUCAACGUGGUGUUCCUGCUCUCCAUGGUGGCCACCAACCUGCUCUCCCUCUACCACCUCUCCAUCCGCGCCUCCCCCACCACGCCGGCGCUCCAAUCCGGCUCCGACUUCGAGCAGCAGCAGGUGCUCCAGCAGCUCAGCGCCAUCCGCGCCACCGUCUCCCACCUCCGGUCCGCCACCCCUCCCCCGCCCCCCGAGCUCGUCCUCUACUCCCGCCUCGCCCCCGUCGCCUCCGCCUGCUCCGCGCACCCCGACCUCCUCCACCGCUUCAUGUCCUACGUCCCCUUCGCCGCCUGCCCCGACGACGUCCACACCCUCGCCGAGCCUCUCAUCCUCCGCGGCUGCCACCCGCUCCCCAGGCGCCGCUGCUUCUCCCCGACCCCCGACGCCGGAUCCGUCCAGCUCCCCACCGACCCCUUCGCGCCGCUCCCCGACUCCGCCGUGCGCUGGCCGACGGACGCGAAGAAAUGCAGGUCCUUCUCUUGCCUGCCGGCGUCGCUCGGGUUCGACGUGGCGCGGACGGAGGCCGGCAAGUUCCUCCGGGCGCUGGGGCCUCUGGACCUGACGGUGCCGCAGCUGCUGCGUCUGGCGUCGAUGAGCCGCGCGGGGCCCAUUCGGCUGGGGCUGGACGUUGGCGGCGGCACGGGGACGCUGGCGGCGCGGCUGAAGCGGGCGGCGAACGCGACGGUGCUGACGACGACCAUGGACCUGGGCGCGCCCUACUCGGAGGCCGCGGCGGCGCGCGGGGUGGUGCCGUUGCACGCGCCGCUGCAGCAGCGGUUCCCCGUGGGGGACGGGACGAUGGACCUGGUGCGGGCGGGCCACGCGGUGAACCGGUGGAUCCCGGAGCCGGCGCUGGAGUUCCUGUGGUACGACGCGGACCGGGUGCUGCGGCCGGGCGGGCUGCUCUGGGUGGACCACCUCUGGUGCCGGAAGGGCGACCUCGACGGCGUGUACGCCGCCAUGCUGCGGAGGCUGGGCUACAAGACCAUCAAGUGGGCCGUCGCCGACAAGACCGGCAUUGGCGCCAAGGACGAGCUCGUCUACCUCACCGCGCUGCUGCAGAAGCCAUUCUAGCCAGGCUGCAGAUGUGGACACAUGCUUAUCUGAUCUCUGCAAGUGUUGGGAGCUUUUGUGAUUCAUCCAUGGUCGCACGUUCACGUUCCUUCCCACUCAAGUUCCAUAUGCUGUCGAUGUGCAAGCAACGAUUUGCAAAAUGCAGUGAUGUGCAGGGAGGUUGGAAACAGUUACGUACCAUUCAUUUUUAAGAGAUCUUUCAACGAGCCGACGAUUUCCGA